AAGUGAUGAAGCGAAAGUGACGGACGAAAGCGAGUGAAUGCUGAUUUUCACCUCCAUCCAAACGAAACUUGUUCACCACCAAAUAUUAUGCUUUAACUUUACGAACACAAAAUUUAAUCUUAAUUAUUAAGAGAGAGAAAAUAAAUAAAAUUAAAUAGUAGUGGCCAACAUAACUCGUUAUUUUACCUUUCAAACUCACUCUCUCUCUCUCUCUCUCUGUUUUUUCUUUUUCUUUCUCCUGCUGAGUUAGCAUCCCGAGGAGCGAUUCACUGACUCGGUGGCACAGGCGGCGUUUCUCGUGUCGCCACGCAUCGUUCGCGUUGCUCAGCCUCGCACCACGCCGCAUCGAAUCUCAGAAACAAUCACGUGAUAUUCGAUCACGUAUUUUCUUCGAUCGAUCACGAGAUAUUCGAUCUCCUUCACUGUUUCAAUCCUACUUCAAAAACACACGUACGCACACGCACACGCAGAGUAUUUCAUCACCGCGUUUUACGGCGAUUGUGAGCGAGAUCUUGGAGAGCUACGAGCUAGUUUGUUUCUUCGUUUGCUUAUUUAUUUUUAUCGGUUGAUCUCUGGUUGUUCCGAGAGAGCUCUGUGUUGUGUUGUGGUUGAAACGGAAUUCGGAAGAUGGUUAGCGGCAACAUUUUUCAUUGUAGAAAGAAUUCGUGGCCUCCUCAAGAGUAUAUCAGUAAAUCCACUUUACAGCUGUUUGAUUAUGAUAGUUCUGCUCCACCGGAACAAGCUUGGAGAAGGAGAUUAAACAGCCAUGCCAAUCUUCUUAAAGAAUUUAGAAUAACUUUUGUGGAAGCUAUAAAAAUGGUUCGACUAGGCAUUCGAAUUUGGUCAUAUGUUAGGGAAGAGGCUUCUCAUGGAAGGAAAGCACCUAUUGAUCCUUUCACUAGAGAAAGUUGCAAGCCAUCUGCAUCUCAAGGAGUUCCACUUGGAGGGAUGGGGAGUGGCAGCAUAUCAAGAGGAUUUAGGGGUGAGUUCCGACAAUGGCAAAUUAUUCCUAGCUCAUGUGAAGCAUCACCAGUCAUGGCCAAUCAGUUCUCUAUUUUUAUAAGUAGAGAUGGAGGAAACAAAAAUUUUGCAUCAGUUUUGGCUCCCGGCCAGCAUGAAGGUUUAGGAUCUAGCAGAAAACCUGAUGAUCAGGGCAUAUCAUCAUGGGGAUGGAAUCUAAGUGGCCAGCACUCAACCUACCAUGCUUUGUUUCCAAGAGCUUGGACAAUUUACGAUGGUGAACCAGAUCCAGAACUAAAAAUAUCUUGCCGGCAGAUAUCUCCAUUCAUACCACAUAAUUAUAGAGAAAGCAGUCUACCAGCUGCUGUUUUUGUCUAUACGUUGGUGAACACCGGUAAGGAAAGAGCUAAAGUCAGCCUUCUAUUUACUUGGGCGAAUUCCCUUGGUGGAAGCUCACACUUGUCAGGAGAUCAUGUGAACGAACCAUUCAAAGCUGAAGAUGGAGUCUCCGGAGUACUUCUACAUCACAAGACAUCUAAAGGAAACCCUCCUGUUACGUUUGCCAUAGCUGCAUGUGAGACACAGAAUGUUAGCGUUUCUGUUUUGCCAAGUUUUGGGCUGUCUGAAGGAAGUAGCGUAACAGCAAAAGGCAUGUGGUCUAAAAUGGUGAAGGAUGGGCAAUUUGAGCAGGAGAAUUUCAAUUCUGGACCUAGCAUGCCCUCAUCACUUGGAGAGACACUAUGUGCUGCUGUUGCAGCUUCCACAUGGGUUGAACCCCAUGGAAAGUGUACUGUUGCAUUUAGUCUUGCAUGGUCAUCUCCAAAAGUAAAGUUCGUGAAAGGUAGCACUUUCAACAGGAGAUAUACAAAAUUUUAUGGGACUUCUGAGAAUGCUGCGAUGGACUUGGCCCAUGAUGCAUUGACACAUUACAAUUGGUGGGAAGAAGAGAUUGAGAAAUGGCAGAAUCCUAUUCUUAAGGAUGAGACACUACCAGAAUGGUACAAAUUUACAUUAUUUAAUGAGCUCUACUUUCUUGUUGCCGGAGGAACAAUUUGGAUUGACUCUCCUUUGUUAUCUUCAAAUAUGCGAAAUGACCAAGAUCAGGUAAGGGAGUUGGAAAAUACAGUUGUCAAAGAAAUUGAAGCUAAAAUGGACAAUGGAAGGAGGACAGUUGUGGAGAGUACAACAAAUAGUACAUAUGAUUCUGCUGCUAUUGCGGGACAUAAUCAUGUGGAUGAAAAACUAAAUGGAGAUGUUUCCCAUGAAAAUGAAUCUGUUGAUACUCUCAGAAAAAGAAACUCCACUAGUACUCUGCAUUCCGUAUCGACAAGGAAUCAACAAUGUGAUGAUGAUGUCGGAAGGUUCUUGUACUUGGAAGGAGUGGAAUAUAUCAUGUGGUGCACAUAUGAUGUGCACUUCUAUGCCUCAUUUGCCCUUCUUGAGCUCUUUCCUAAGAUUGAAUUAAAUAUACAGCGUGACUUUGCUAGAGCUGUCCUGUGUGAAGAUGGAAGAAAAGUAAAGUUUCUGGCAGAGGGAAACUGUGGAAUUCGCAAGGUUUAUGGGGCAGUUCCACAUGAUUUAGGGACACAUGAUCCAUGGUAUGAGAUGAAUGCCUAUAACAUUCAUGAUACCAGCAAGUGGAAGGACCUGAACCCAAAAUUUGUUCUUCAGGUGUAUCGAGAUUUUGCUGCAACAGGUGAUUUGCAAUUUGGAAUAGACGUGUGGCCUGCUGUCCGUGCUGCAAUGGAGUACAUGGAACAAUUUGAUAGAGAUGGCGAUGGUCUCAUCGAGAAUGAUGGGUUCCCUGAUCAAACAUAUGAUACGUGGACAGUCCAUGGCGUGAGCACUUACUGUGGUUGUCUUUGGCUUGCUGCUCUACAAGCUGCAGCUGCAAUGGCCCAUGAACUAGGUGACAGAGAUUUUGCAGAAAAAUGCAAAAGGAAGUUUUUGAAGGCUAAGCCAGCAUUUGAAGAAAAGCUGUGGAAUGGUUCUUAUUUUAACUACGACAGUGGAUCAAGUGGUAACAGUAAGUCCAUUCAAGCAGAUCAAUUGGCUGGGCAAUGGUACACAGCAUCCUCAGGGCUGCCCUCCCUUUUUGAUGAUUUCAAAAUCAAAAGUUCUCUCCGGAAGGUUUAUGAUUUCAAUGUAAUGAAGAUUAAAGGAGGCAGGAUGGGUGCUGUAAAUGGCAUGCAUCCCAACGGUAAGGUGGAUGAGACCUGUAUGCAGUCUCGAGAAGUAUGGACUGGUGUGACCUAUGGUGUUGCUGCUACUAUGAUUCUUGCGGGAAUGGAAGAAGAGGCCUUCACAACUGCUGAGGGAAUAUUUCUAGCAGGCUGGUCAGAAGAUGGAUAUGGGUACUGGUUUCAGACUCCAGAGGCUUGGACAAUGGAUGGGCACUACCGGUCCCUCAUGUAUAUGAGGCCACUAGCAAUUUGGGGGAUGCAAUAUGCAAUAAAUCGGCCCAAGGCAAUUCUUGAGGCCCCUAAAAUGAAUAUAAUGGACAGAAUCCACUUAUCUCCUGUUGUUGGAGGAUUCUCACAUCAUGAAACACGUGUGAAAAAGAUUGCAACAAAAGCAAAAUGCUUUAGCAAUUCUGUAUUCCAUUGCGCUUGCUGAUAGUUAACAUGUAAGCACAUAAAAUUUUUGUAUAGGUAAUUUCUCAUUGUUCCUCACCUGCAGAAGCUGUUGAUAAUGACGGUCAAGGUCUGAGAGAAAUAAGCAUAGUUCCAUUGUAACUUGUAAUAUUUAUAGCCUUCUAGCUUAGGCAACAUAGGUUACCUUUCACGAUUACUAUUAACAUUGUACAUUCUUAUUUAUUUGAGCUCUCAAUACUAAGUCUUUAACUUCAAUA